AGUUUCUCACUGAUCUGCAGCUGGAAGCAGUCCCCACAUACACUUCUUGACACUCUCACUGCAGACACCGCAGCUCCUUCUGAAGGGGAAGGGGGUGGGGAAGCUGGACGGUGCUCAGUCUGUCAGGGACUGAUACAGAAUCCGGAGCUAGCCAUGUCUCUGCUUGGCAUUUUCCUCUCCCUCUUCCUCAGCACCGCCUCUUCCAGGACUUUACCCCGACUCAAAUUGGAUCUGAGCACGGAAAUUCAAGAUCGGUUCCAGUUUCCCUCGACUGAGGAAUAUACAACCACGCUCCGAGAGGGAAACACUGUUUAUGUUGGUGGGAAAGAAACUCUUUACCAGAUAAAGUUUGAAGAAGCUCCCAGAUUGAUACAAAAGAUUCCAGUGCCUGUGGAUGACAAAUCCAUGUCAGAAUGCAAAAAGAAGAAUUUGGCAUACUGUGAGAAUGUUAUCAUGGUCCUACAAAGAUUCAACAGAACUCAUCUUCUUUUGUGUGGAACCAAUGCCCGGAAUCCACGAUGCUGGUCACUUAUUAACAAUAAUUUGAAUCAAAUCAUCAAUGGAGGAGGACGCCCCGUAGGACGAGGGGUAUGUCCUUUCACUCCAAAACACGGCUUCACCUCAUUGGUUGAAGGAGAAAAAUUCUACUCAGCUGCCCCUGUAUUUGAGAAUGGAAAUGUAAAUCUUCGAAGGUAUAUGGAACAGAGUCCAUCAUGGUUACUUUCUGUUGAUGAGUGGCUGAAUGAUCCCAGUUUUGUGGGAAUGUCACCAACGGGCGACCGUGUUUUGAUGUUCUUCCAGGAAAGGAAUUUGGUAGAAAACCUGGACAUUGACCCCUGGAUAUCACGGAUUGCUUGUGUGUGUAAGGAUGACAGAGGUGGCCCGCGAUUCCACCUGCAAAGUAAGUGGGCAACCUUUCUGAAGGCUCGCUUACUGUGUAACAUUCCAUCUGAAAGCGUCCAUUUCAACAGGAUUCAAGACGUCUUUGUUACUCAGAGCAAAGACCGAAUUUAUGCAAUUUUUAAGAGUAACUGGAACGGGUCAGCAAUCUGCAUGUACUCCAUGGAGGACAUUAAUGAUGUGUUCAGUACUUCCAUUUUUGAAGGAUUCACUGAAGCUAUUCCUGCUCCAAGACCUGGGAAGUGUGGGACUAAUACUCAAGAACUGAACCGUAAUGUACUGAGUGUAGUGGAACACCAUCCUGAAAUGAAGAGUCCAAUCCAUCCCAUUGGAAAAAGUCCCCUCAUCAUCCAGAAUGAGGAUCUUUUCAAGAAAAUCGUCGUGGAUUCUGUUGUUGGCUUCAAUGGAAUAGUGUUCCAUGUCCUUUUCCUGGCUAUGGGAGAUGGUAAAAUCCAGAAAGUUCUGGAAAUCAGACAAUCAAUCUUCAUCAUUUCGGAACUUACAAUUCUAAAGGAGCCAGGACCAAUUUCAUCAAUGUCCCUGGACUCUGAAGCUAAACUUCUGUAUGUUACCACUGCUAAAGAGAUGGUCCGGUUCCCACUGGUGCAGUGUGAAAAAUAUAAUAAUAGCUGUGAGAGCUGCGUCAUGGCCAGAGACCCCUACUGUGCUUGGAAUGCCAAAGAGAAAAAUUGUGUCCCCAUCAAACCUCACUCUGGAAACCUUACCCAAGACCUUGAAAAUGGUGAUCCCAAGAAAUGUCUUUCAGAAAGAGUUGCAUUUUACCAUUCCUCAGAGAGAGACAGUCAAGAUGCAAAUCCCGCUCUCGUCCUGGAGGGAAGUGGCUCAGUAUACCUUUCAUGCCCAAAGCAAUCCCAUCAUGCACAUUACUCAUGGAGGGUGCAGGGCCAGACACAGGACUGCUCACUGAAUGAAGAUGAAUGCCUUUACUUCAUAAGCAACCUUGCAGAAUAUGGAGGUAGCUCAUACCGAUGUGUUUCAAGUGAGGGAGGACGUGAACAGGUUCAUACAUCAUAUUUGAUUAAGGACAGUGGAUCUUCGAUGUAUUUAACCAGAUACAGUAUUGCUGUCUACUCUGUUUUCAUGAUAGUUGCAGCUCUCUUCUUGCACUGAAUUUGAGCAGUGAUUCUCUCUCUUGUCCUCUUGUAGCAGAGAUUGGAAACAACUUGUCUGUGCUUUGAGUUUGGAUUGCUGCUGCAAUGUAUUUAGGGUAAAUGCACUGAAAUAUUCUCAAUAGCUCUACCUCAACAGCCAAGUGACACGCCAAAGGAAGGUAAAAUGAACUCCAUUAUCUGCUUGGGAAUUGCAAUUUAGCCUUUAGAGCCUCCUCUGAACAGAACAUUAAGUUCUUUCAAAGAUUAACUUUACAACCAUUUACAGAUUUUACAGCUCUGCUCUUUAUAGGGCAUAUUUGUUCCAGAUCUUCAUUUCUUUGUGUGAUUGGAACUCCAUUUCACUGGUGGAUCGAUAUGUUGAGAAUGGAUGCUGAACCAACAAUAGAGAGAGGAAGUUAUAGACAGUUAUGCUAAUAGGUCAGACGCUGAAGAUUGGGAGGACAUUUGGAAUGAUAUCUCUCCACCAUUGUUGCUGGAUUAUCGUCCUGACCAGACUGGGCGUACCUGCACAACACAGACCGCAGCAGGUUGAGACGGCAGGUCACUACCACCUUCUUAGGGGCAAUUAGGGAUGGACGAUAAAUGCUGGCCCAGUCCGUGAAACAUUCCACAUACUGUUUAGUGUGAGAAAUGCUGUUACAGAGUGAUUGUUAAGUGUCUUGUGUAACUGGAAAUGAAACCACAAGUGACCCCGUGAAGCCUGAUUAGGCUUGUGCAAUGUGAUCUGCUUCUGGUUUUGUGACUUUGUUUUGAUAGAGUAAUCAGAGCACAAACCUAUGGGACAGAGUGACACUGUGCAGUUUUAAGCUUUUUCAGCAGAGAUUCUCAAGUGUUUGUACAGAUGGAUUGUGAUUUUUGAGGUUAAACCGAGCCUUCUUGAGCUGUGCAGCCAAUAUUGGCCACUCACUGCUAAUGAUGAUUCUCAACCAUUGCAACUGAACAAGAAGCAUCAUUCUCUUGAAUGCCUGUUUCAUCUUUAUGCAUCUAGCUUUGUUCGAUUUAGCUCAUUGCUGUAUUUUGACAAUUUUUUUACUGCAUAAAGCCAUACGUAUCCAGGCUGCAAGUACAAAUAACAAGGCUGAACACCAGCCACAGGCAUUUUAACCAGUGCCCUAGUUAAUAAAGGAAUCCGUUGUUGCUAAACUA